CAUAAGCUAUUUCUCUCUUCCAAACAGACCGUAAAAACACAAUGCGCACGAAGUACUAGUUAGGUAGCAAAAACCUGAACUCAAAAUCAGGGUUCCCCCGCCAAGCAAAUUAUGGAUAUGAAGAAGACGGUAACUCUAUUGUUUGGUCUAACUGACACCAACUUGACACUAUCCUCCACAAUUCGCUUAGCACUUCCUACCAUUGCAACCAUUGCUGUUAUCACAAUAGCUUUCAAAGAAUUCAAAUCAUCCAAACGAAUUAUUAGCUUCUCAGGUUUUGAUUCCCGGCUUUUCAUUACCGAUUCCGAGAAACCGAUUUUGAUUCCCGGUUUGCAAAAUCUCGCCAAUAAUUGUUUCCUCAACGUCGUUUUGCAGGCUCUUGCUAGUUGUGUUUGCUUUCAGAGUUUUCUUGACAAUGUUAUUGCUGAAUAUGAGACUGAUGAACAACUCGUUGAAAAUAUGCCUCUUAUAUUUUCUCUGGCUUCAUUAUUACAAGAGCUGAGCUCAGUUAGUACCGAAAAGGUUAUAUUGAGUCCGACAAAGUUGAUGCAUGCUAUGUCCAGCUACAUUCCAGAUUUUGAUCUGACGAGCCAGCAGGAUGCUGCUGAAGCGUUUGUUCACCUAAUGUCCUCUUUGAGAGAAGAAUCUGGAGGUUGUUAUGCUCCAAAGAUAAGUUCUUUAGCAGACAUUUUUGCUUCUAAUAAUAGAAUUCUUACUCCAAUACAGACGGAGUGGCAAAGUGAGCCAGAAAGAUGGCAGCGCCUCUUCCUUGGACCCUUUGAUGGAAUUCUUAAUAGCAGCUUAACUUGUCAAAGCUGUUCAUCCCAGAUCUCAAAUAAAUUUGAAAGUUUUGAUUGUUUGCCUCUUUCACCCGUGCUUAGUAAUAGUUACACUAUAAGAGUUGGUUGUACACUCGUGGAUUGCCUGAAGCAGUUCAUUGUAGCUGAACACAUUGAAAACUACCACUGCAGCCACUGUUGGCAUAAUGCUGCAAUCAAGUAUCUUACCUUGAUGGAAGGAAACAAGGUAGAACUCGGAAAACUUAAGAGAUGUUCUGAUGAAGAAUUCUGUGAGUGCCGAAAAAUUUAUAAUCUUGAAAAUCUACCAUGGUUAAAUAGGUUUUCACGUGCUUUGAAGCAGCUAAGUAUUGCUCGAAGUCCAAGGAUUUUAUGCAUCCAGCUGAAAAGAGUUCACAUGAAUAAUUUUGGAGAAUCAUUUAAACUACAGGGCCAUAUUUCUUUUCCAUUGACUUUGGACGUGUCCUCAUUCAUGACAACUAGACCAGGAGUAAAUAUACAGAAAGAAGAUGUACAAAGUCUGCCAUUAAAUCUGCAGUGUAACAGAAUAAACUCUUUGCCAAACCAUAGCAACCUGCAUUCUGAGAUAAGAACGAUCAGAUUCAGUGGCAUUUAUGGAGAAUCGAAAGAGCAGAUCGAUGCAGAUGCUCUUAUUGAUGAUGUAGUUAUCUCCUCUACUAGUAGACAGGCACUUCUUAAUGAAUUUCCCUGUUCUAGCUCUUCAGAAAACACUCACUCAAACACACAGUCGCAAUCCAUUGACACGGUUGGUCAAAAUUUUCUGUAUAUAUGCAUUCAUUUUACAUUGAACCAUGAAAUCCUGUAUAUCCUUGCAUUCUUUUUGAGUUCUUACAUAUUGUGGUUUAUACAGGUGGAUGCUUCUUGUAAUUCAGAUUCUCAAGAUACUUGUUUGUAUCAACUUGUCUCUGUUGUGGAACAUUUUGGAAGAGCAGGAGGAGGGCAUUACACUGUUUACAGAUGUGUGAGAUCAGAGUCCUCAGAUGUCUCUGGUGAUCAACAUUCAAUGAGCUGGUUUUGUGUUUCAGAUUCUCAAGUGCAUUCUGUUUCAGUGGAAGAUGUUCUUUCUGCCGAGGCUAGCUUGCUUUUCUAUGAGAGAAUACCAAAUAGCUAAAAAAAAUUGAAAUUUCGUGUUGUUUUAGGAAGUUGGUUAAGGAAAUGCAUUGAAUUUAUUUUUUUGAAACAAAAAAUGUAUUGAUUUAUAUGUUCCUAGUUAGGGAUUGUACACAAAUGUAAGGAAAUUGUUCAAAUUUUGAUACCUUAAAUUGAAAAGAGAAGGAAAAAGUUAUUUCUGUAGUUAGCCAUUAAAAAAAUGAAAAAUCUCUGCAGUUGAUAUUUGAUCCUCA